GGACAGGGGCAGCUGUGAAGGCAGUGUUUUGAAUAAAAUGGUCUCUGGCUUCUCAGGGUUCUCACAGGGGGAACAAAUGUGAUUGCCUUUGGGUCUAGCCAGAGUUCAAAGUGAAGUAUAGUGUGAUUAGCCUCCACUGUUACAAUACACUAUAGUGAAUGGGAUAUAACUUUACUGCUUUCUAAAGGGGCUUUCUGUGAGCUGGAAAGGAAUAAUGGAUGCCAUAAAAGGAACCAUAAUUCCACAGUUUUUCUUGAUGAACAUACUGAGAUAUUCAAGAUGGGCAGCAAUAGUACCAGCACUGUUGAGAGUAAUUGCAAUGCCAUUAAUGUGACAUUUCAGAACUCUCUGUAUGCAACCACCUACAUUUUCAUAUUCAUCCCGGGUCUCCUGGCUAACACUGCAGCCCUGUGGGUUCUGUUUCGCUUCAUCAGCAAGAAGAAUAAAGCCAUCAUUUUCAUGAUCAACCUCUCAGUGGCAGACCUUGCUCAUAUCCUGUCCUUACCUCUUCGGAUUUACUAUUAUAUCAAUCGUCACUGGCCAUUCCAGAGGGCCCUUUGCCUGCUGUGCUUCUAUCUGAAAUAUCUCAACAUGUAUGCCAGCAUUUUUUUCUUGACCUGCAUUAGCCUCCAGAGGUGUCUCUUUCUUCUCAAGCCAUUCAGAGCCAGAAACUGGAAGCGGAGGUACGAUGUAGGCAUCAGUGCUGCUGUCUGGAUCAUUGUGGGGACUGCCUGUUUGCCGUUUCCCAUCAUGAGAAGUGCUGGCUUAGCUAAUAACACAGACUCAUGCUUUGCUGAUCUUGGGUACAAACAGAUGGAUCCAGUGGUUCUGGUCACCAUGAUUACAAUUGCUGAACUUGCUGGAUUUGUGAUUCCAGUGCUCACAAUCGCAUGUUGUACCUGGAAAACAACUGUAUCCUUGAAACACCCACCGAUUGCCUUUCAAGGGAUUAGUGAGAGGAAAAAGGCAUUGCGGAUGGUUUUCAUGUGUGCUGCAGUCUUCGUCAUCUGCUUCACUCCUUAUCACAUUAACUUCAUUUUUUACACCAUGGUAAAGGAAAACAUCAUUACCAGUUGUCCCAUUGUGAAAAGUGCCAUGUAUUUCCAUCCUUUUUCACUGUGCCUUGCAAGUCUCUGUUGUCUUUUGGACCCGAUUCUGUAUUAUUUCAUGGCUUCAGAGUUUCGUGACCAACUAUCUCGCCAUGGGAGCUCUGUUACUCGUUCUCGUCUCAUGAGCAGGGAAAGUGGUUCAUCCAUGGUUAGCUAAAAUGAGAUAAUUCUUCAGUUAGGAUUCUCUUUACCUAAUGUUCUGUGGCCUCGUCCAAAGGCAGGAAUUGCCAGGCAAAUUAUUUCUUUAACUGAACCUUGGAAAUAGAAGAAAAAGUUUUCUUAUGUGAUAGUUGUGGUCUCCACAGAUGAAGAAAGCACAAUGUGAAAAAAUGUGGGAGUAAAAAGAAAAAUAAGAUCCAUGUGCUUCCAAUUUAAAAUUUAUGACAUUCUAUUAGUUACAAGUCUCAGAUCAAGUUCAAGUUUUUAACAGAUGUUUCCAUCCAAAUAUAAAUUGAAUGCAUGUAUUUACAUUUGUCUUCUGUAAAUAGAAUAGUACUGAGUUCCAAGAUGUAUAUUAAUCUUUACAGAAAAGUAAAUGUCCACCAUGGAAUAAUUUUAUUUCUGAAUGAAUGAAAGAUUUCAGUUCUUUCUAAAACAUUAAACAGGGACAAAGUGACACAAAGGUUACAAAAAUGCGUGAAUGAAUUUUAGCACUGCAUUCUUGCUACUGAAUGCAGGGCAUGAAAAUGCACUCAUUGGAUGUUUAUAGAUGUUUAUUAUUUUCUAGGUUGGCAGUUUGCUAUGUAUUUUUACAAAGAACAUCUCAUCUUACUUUUUCAAUACAAGUGACAAUAAAUGUGGAAAUUACAAAUACAAAUGAAUAAAUGUAACAGCCGAGAGGUUAAACAACAUGCCUCAGGAUUAACAGUUAAGUAUACAUGGCAUAUGUUUAUAUUAUUGCCUCUGCUUAUAUUUUUAUAUUAAUUAAGUCAAUACCAAGUUUGAGUUUAAUGAUGAAGACACAAACUGAAGAUAAGCAUAGUAGGUAUAGAUAAUUUUAGCCCAAUGUUCUUGGGCUCAUCAAUAAAUCCAUAUGUUGAGGAUUAGCAUGAUACUGGUUAGAGUCUUCUAUGAUAAAUAUAUUGUCCUAUUAGUGUAAUCAUCUGUAUAGUCUUGAUGAGAAGAAACUUAGUAGUUCAUUAUUUCAAAGUCAAUUUUAUGGCUUAAUAUAAGCCAUGCAAAUCUCAUAAAAUAGAAAGCUAUGAAACUGAGCCACAUUUUAGAAAAUGUAGGUUUCCUCUUAAAAAUUCUCCAUUAAAAAUACAGUAUAUGCCACUAAAUAAAAUCUCAAGGGUUUUCUGAUAUCAGAACUCACACAAUUGCACUAGAACCAGAGAAAUAUUAUCACAUUGUGAAUAAAUAUGAGAGAAUUAUUUUUUUCUGAAAGUUACAGAUAAUAUUUUAAGUGUUUAUAUAGAUGAUACAAAUACAACAGACCUCUUACCUUUUCAGAUUGACAAUUAACUGGUAUUUUAGGUCUGAAAUUAACAGAGCAUAGACAUUUGGGGUGCAGGCAAGAAAAGGAAGUGGUAGGCAUGCAUUUGUGAAGAUUAAGGAAGAGGAAGGGACAACAAAAGGAGGAAUUAAAAAAGAACAUUUGUUGGUUUUCUUUUGACCAUGAGAUAGUUCUGUAAUUAUAAUGUAAUAAAGUUUUUUUUUAAUUGGAGCUAUGUGUGAUUUAUUAACUUGAAUCUGUAAGCACUGCUUUAAGAGAGUUGUUAAUGUGCUUGGAAUUACUGGUAACAUUAUCACAAUAAUUGUACAGAGCAUAUCACUCUAAAGAGAAGGUUUUUUAAAAAAAU